AUGUCUGUUACAAAUCCUGUUGCUAGCUUUGUUGCCGAUAAGGAACGGUUAUUACAACUGUUGAGAAAUGAUCCAUUGUUAAGCUUAAAUGAUGAUGUUGAAAUUACUGAAAAAAUUGACCUAGAAGGUUUAUUGAAACUGGAUGCUUCUCUCACUGAGGAAUUGCAUGUGUUGAAUAGUUUGAAAACUAUUCCAAGUCUUAUCUUGGAAUUUAAAGCAAAUAUGGAAUAUUUGGAAUUGGAAAAUUGUUAUUAUUCUUUGCAGAAUUUAAGGAAAAAAUUAAAGGAAAAUGAUACUUUAGUAAGACAAAAUAUUAGAUUACAACAAUCUGUUGCCACUUAUGUAGAUUCCCUACAUGUUCAAUUGGUAGAUAAAUUGUUCGAUCUAAUUUCAAAUCAUUUUUGGAAUUUUAAAGAGCAUACUAUCUCUCAUAAGGAUGAAAUUGUUUAUGGGAAGGAUAAGGUGAAGUUUGAUUAUGAAACUUUAUUGGAGUUUGUGAAUAGAGAUAUCUUUCCUCAGAACGUUUUGGAUUUCGAACAUUGGUUGAUUAAGGACAUGGUAAUGGGUGAUUUACAAGAAAUCGUAAGAGAAAGGUUAUCGACUAUUGUAAAAAGUUAUAUACUAUUUGAUAGCAUCAUUCAUGAUGUAAAAGAAAAUAUCUUCAAUGACAAAGGUAUUUUCACAUAUGAUGAAGACUCGAAAAAAUUAUCACUAGUAGACUCAAGAAGUAAAGAUUUGGAUUUGCUAACUGAGAAACUUGUCGGAUUUGGAAAAUUAGCAGAUUAUUUAUUAUCUUGUAUUUCAAAGAGAGAUGUGGUGAUACUAUCCAGCAGAAUUGGUCCUUCAAUUGCAAAAGAGUCCCAUAAAUUAAUCAAGGAAAAUAUAUCUUCAAUUCUUCAAGAACAAUCAACUUCAAUCAAAAAUUUAAUUUUAGAGUUAAAUGAUAAAUUAUUGUCGUUAUCAAAUGCAACCAACGGAGUAUGGAACUAUUCUGGAAAUGAAACAGAAGAGUUAUUGAAUGAUAAACAAAUUUAUAAUAAUCUACUAUUAGAUAAAAUUUUUGAAGAACAGGUGAACAGAAUUAGAAACAUCUUCGUUGAUGAUACUAAACAAUGGUCAAAGCUGACUGAGAUCGAAUCAUUUAAAACUACCAAUAAAACCGAAUCUACUCAUCUGAAAAUAAGUCAAACAAGAUCAAGAAGAAGUUCUAGAGCCUCUAGAAAUUCUAAAGUUUCUGAGGAACAAGAUGAUUGGGGAUGGGAUGGUGCAGAAGACUCAUGGGAUACAGAAGGUGACAAUACCGAUGUCAAAAGGAGAUCCAGAGCUGCGUCAAAAGUUUCAUUUCAAUCAGGGAGCAAUGUUGACGACGGUUGGGAUGAAGAGUGGGAUAUUGAUAUUGAUGAGGUUGAUGAAAAAACUAAUUCAGCUUCCCAAAAAUUGCAUAUUACUCAACUACCAAGCCUAUUUAAAAUGAUAGUAAAUGAUUUUGAAAUUAGCUGUAAAGAGCUUGGUGACGGUAAUGUUGAUCCUCAAUAUAAGACCUACAAGUUUAAUUUAUUACAAACCUUAUUCAUGGCGAUUGCUAUUCGCAAUUUCCCCAAUAACAUAUACCAAUUGUACAUUGAUAUUAGAUAUAUUACAACCGAAAAUAAUUCAUUGGAUAGAUUGAAUGAAUUAAAUUAUAGAUUAAUGGAAAAUCAAAUUGCAUUGAAAGAAAAAUAUGUGAAUUCGAUAAUUCAAAAUAGUUUAGGGAAUUUAGAAAGAGAUGAGAAGGAUAUAAGAUGGAGAUCCCAAAUCAAAGAUCUCGUUCCAUUCAUACAAUGCGAUAUAAUAAAUCCAUUGAUAUCAAUUGGGAAUCCAGAUUCAGAGAAAUUUAUUUUAAAGUUCCUAAAUUUCCUAUUCAAUAAUUGUAUAACUUCAAAUAUUCUCAAUUGGAAGAUUAUAUCUGAAAAGAACUCCAAUAACUUAUCUGAAUUCAUCUCCUUGGUGCUAAAUGCAUCUGAAGUCCCAAGCAUCGAAACAUCACCAAAAUAUAGAGAAAUUAGGGAAAAAUUCAUAAUUAUUGGGAAAUUAUUACCAUUGCAUCUAAAGGAUAUCAUGCAAAUGUUUUAUGAUGGUGACUUCUACCUAUUCUCAACUGAAGAAAUCGUUCAAUGGAUAGUUUUACUAUUUGCUGAUACACCAUUGAGAAGAAAUGCAAUCGAUGAUAUUAACGAAAUCAGGAAAGAAACCCUAGAUUAA